AUGGAGAAAAUUUUAAUUGAGCAAAAAUUACCAAUUUAUUGUGGAUUUGAUCCAACCUCAUUUUCUCUUCAUAUUGGUCACUUGGUUCCGUUAACUCUUCUUCGCGAGUUAUCUGAAUUAGGAUGUCCGAUUAUCGUUGUCUUAGGCGGGGCCACUUCUCAAAUUGGAGACCCGAGUUUUCAUCAAGUGGGAGGUUUAUUUACUGUAAACAAAAUGUUGGAACGAAAAGGCAUUCGCAAGACAUACUCUCAAAACGGAUUAACUUUUAAAGAAUUUUCCUACAUUCUUUUACAGGCCUAUGAUUUUUAUCAUUUAUGAAAAGAGAAAAAAUGUCAUGGGCAGAUUGGCGGAAGUGAUCAAUUUCCGAAUAUUGCUUUUGGAUUGGAUAUGAUUAAAAAAUUAAAUACAUCAAUUCCUACUCUUUUAGUCGGAUUAACAACCAAUUUACUGGUUCGCACAUCGGGAAACAAAUUCUCCAAAACAGACACAAAUAGCAAUUUAUGA